AUGGAGCACCGACAAGUUGGAAUGCGAUCGGGGCUAACGCGACUAUUCAUCCGUGAUGGUGGAAUGUUCUUUGGCUUGUUAGCUGCGGCUAACCUGGUCAACGUCGUGUUUUUCCUUGCAAGUGGUAUCCUCACUUCACCUCAGCUCUAUUAUUCAUUCAUCUUACCGCAUCUCCAGAAGGUGAAGGCCUCCGUUUUCGAAGAGAGUGCGGGAAAUAACUCCGUACUUACUCACACCCUAUCUUCAACCUUACUAUCCCGCCUCAUCCUCAACCUCCGCGAAGCAGGAUCCAAACUCGACACGACCGGCACACAACUCUCAAUCCGAUUUAGCCUCGCACCGGGGGACGACAUCAUGCUCGUGUCAAGUUCGACGUUCAGCAAUAGGCACAAUAGCAAUUCCGUGACCACGCGCAGUUCAGACUAUCCUUGGACAACCAUCCCAUCGUUAUCGAUGGCGGGAAGCACGGCGGUAGGAAGUAUUGGAACCGUUGUGGAGCACGAGCUCGAGGCACCGACGAUGCGCUCUCAGCUGGAUUCACUUUCACAUUUAUAA